AUGCAUAAGGAUAUUCUUCCACUAUCACCUGUCGAUAUCCAGCUUGAAAUUCUCUCUUAUCUAGAUGAUUACCGAAGCUUUAUUAGAUGGACGCGAGUAUCAAAACGAUGGAGGGACUUCGUCAGAUCUCCUUCGCUCGAACCACUCUAUCGGCGAUUCGUUGACGGAAAUUGGCCUAAGGAGUACAAACAAAUCAGCCGUAGGAGAGCUUGCCCAACAAACUCCCGAACACCUAGAUUCGGGGAAAUCUUAAGUACACUCGAAAGAAAUCUGGCAGAUAUUAAAGAAGGUCGCCUUCACGAGGCUGGGACAUUUGUUAUUCCUCAAGUUGGACGUGUCGAAUUUUGUUACGCGAAUGGGUACUUGGCUGCAUUCAGUCCAGGAAAGAGUGGCACCGCUGAACGGGAUAUAAUAUACGUUUAUGACCUAUCAAUUGCACUUAGUCCCACAACGGUUAUCAAUGCGCGGAGGAUUAAAUGUCGGGGUAAGAUUAAACAUAUAUCGAUUGCGGAUGGUUAUAUGGCGUCGAUGAUACAGGAUCGGGAAGAUAGGACAAACUUAGUAGAUUUGAUUACGUUCGCUGAAAGAUCCUUCAAUUCAACGGUGCAGAAUUUGGAUUAUAGCACAUACGUGUCAAUUCUCAAUGAUAGCGGAACGGAUUCUUUCACCAACCGAGAAAAAGGUCGAUCUUCGCAGCCCCUACAACUAUCGAAUUCACCAGAGUUUUUCCGCACAAACGGUAGCCAUGUAGUCUUCUCGGCUAGUUUCCUAACUCACUACACUAUCUGGGAAGUCGGAAUUAAUUCGGAUGCUCCGAUAAUCGGGAAUUCAUACAGCCUAGAUCCCUUUUGGAAUGGUUUUCUAGUCUACAUGUGGACAAGUGAUGCCACUUGGGACAAGCAUCUUCCUCUCUCGUAUUACCUAUCCCUGGACGAAAGCUGCGAUAUAUACACGGUCAUAGAUGGUUACCUCGAGGAACGGGGUUGUUUUUAUGACUAUGAUCGUUAUCUAUGCCGUUAUGCCUGCAGAAUGGACGGGAAGCCCUAUCGUAUGAAAAUGACAGCCGUAAUUCCACCCUACAGGAACCCCGACCUUGGCGGUCCACCCUCAUGCUCCAUUGCACGCCGGCUUUUCAGCUUUCCCAGUGGAGGCCAGAACCUUUUUUCGUACUCCCCGGCAGAUACCAAAGAUGAAGAGAAAGAAGCGAUAGAUAUCUUCCCUAAAGAUAUGAUAAUUUUUGGUGAUCGUACGCGUUUCUCUCGCAUUGUUGUAGAUAAAAAGCAGCCUAGGCAUGAUGAAGACCGUGGAUUUCUGUACCACGAUGAUUUCCCACCAGACACGGAGUUUGCGACAGAAUGGGAGUACAACAUUCAGUAUCUCGAUCAACAUGCAUUCUACCGGUUUCCGACGGCUGAAAUGCGUGCUACGAGGACUUCAGCCGCCAAAUUAAUCCCCCACCUUUCGCCAACCUCUGUGUUAUGGCAAGUUCAAAUUAAGGACGAGCAGAUUCCAAUGGACGGAGAUGAAGAUCUAAAUGUUCGGAAAGUGCAGAUUGUUGGGUUGAAGCCAACAUUUUUAGUCCGAGAAAAGAUCGUCUAUAAAUAUCAUGAUAACGAAAGCUCUAACGCUCCCGACGAUGAAGACCAUAACGACGAAGGUAACGAUGGCGAAGGAAAUGGCGACCGAAAUAAUGAUAGUGAAAAUAACAACAGCGGAAAUCGUGAAGGCGAAGGUAACGAUGGCCAAGAAAGCCACAGCCGAGAAAACAACGGCGAAGACAACGACGGCGAAGAUGAGUAUAGUGAGGGGCGAAUGAGAUACGUUUUCGACAAAAAGAAUGUCCCGGAGCCUGCCUCGGUAUGCAAAAUGGUGUUAGACCACGAACUCAAUCGCGGUCUUAAGUGGGAUGGGGACGAUCAAUAUAUAGUACUCCGCCAUUAUCAACCUAUACCAGUAUCACCUGGAGAAGAGCCACCCGUACCGAGUUUUAGCACCAUGUUUACUUUAUUUCGGUACGGGGAUGAAGCUGAUGCACCAAUAUCUUAUAAUAUUCGCUAUCACGAGGCAUCCUCGUGA